GACACAUCAACAACAUCAAUCAGACUCGGAUGCACUGGCUUCAGCUUUAGGGGCUAUUGGUGCGGCGACAGACGAUUCAGGAGGUGUGCACCCUUUCGGUGACUUUACACACGCUGCUCACCAUCAUCAUGAUGGUGAUGACGAUAAGGUCGUCCUGGAGGAUGACGAUGAGGAUGGAGUGGUGGAUGUAUCAGCCUUGGAAGACGUCAUGCAAGGGAGAGAGGAUGAAGAGGAACUGGAUCUGAGCGUGCUCGCUGCUGGAGAUUUGGACGAUACAACGCGCGGAGGAUUCGAUAGACCUCCAAGCAUCAGAAAAGGUGAGUGGGCGUCUAUGACGGGGAGUCGCUGAUGCUCGGCAUAGCCUGCGAUCUGUGUCAUUCAGCCAAACAAAAAUGUUCCGGGGAUCGUCCAUCCUGUACACGCUGUAUCGCAGGGGGCUGGAAUUGUAACUAUGCACCUCGACAACGGCGUCGGACCGUUCCUAAAGAGGUCAAAGCAUCCGCCGUCAUGGACCUCGAUCCCGCAGGUGAUUUGAGUGACUUGCCAAUCGUUGAACCUGUCCAACCCACAAAGAAGAGGAAAAUGCAACAGCGCGACUCAUCAUCCUUUGGACCACCACAUGAGAUUGACAUGAAAAUGGCUAUGAACAUGGCAGUCGAUCUCGGCCUCACGACUGAAGAGGAGAAUGAGGAGAUGGUCUCGAUGACGGAUGAGCAGAUGCUCGAAUCGAUCGCCAUCGAUGGAUAUCUUGCCGACUUACCACUUGCUACCUUCGUCCACAAUCUACCCUAUACUGCUGGCGCAAAUAAUGACAAUACCGUCACUUUUAACGCCAGUGACUUCUCAGCCGCUGAUAUGGAUCAACAUACCACCUCGGCACUCCGCGAUGCCAUCUUCUCCCUCAACGAAUCCAGUGGAGGUCAUGGAGGCCAUGGGGAUGGCGCAGGUGAUGAACAGGGUGGUGAUGCACAUGGCGAUGCUGGCGAUAAUAUGGAUCCAGACCUCGCCCUUCUCGAUCUCACACACGUCGGCGAUGGAGAAGAUGGGACAAAUGAAGAAACUCAUCAGAACGGACUCAAUCUUGGGUCUUUCAAUCCCGCUACAGGAUGUAAUCACGUCCAAAUGAUCCCUCACCUUCUCAAUCUCUUACUCCAACAUGGCCUCGAACCCAAACCAGGCUCCAACACUCCGCUCAGUCUCGGCGUCUUUGCCCCACUGUCACGUUCACUUCGAUUAUUCCACUCCCUUCUUCAUUGUUCAUCCUGCCUCUCAUCUCCUCAACAGACUCUGCCUCAGCUAGCUCUCCUCAGUCGUACAACCACCAUUCUCACCUUCCCUUUCCCACCUAUUGAUUCCUCUUCCGUUGGCUCGAGCGCCCAAAUCUCAAUACACGGUGCUCGACUCGCAGGUACGGGAUUAUCAGAGAUCAUGGAGCAACAUAUUGUCGGUGUCGUUUGGGACUCAUGGCGGGCCAGCGUUCGAGAAGUAUUCGCCAUCAUGGAGCGCAAAGCUCAAGACGUUAUCACUCUCUCGGCUGGACUGUCCAUCGGAGACGACGAGGACGAAGAAGAUGGUCCGAAGAAACAAGAAGUCAAGAAGCCGACACCGAAUCCUAACGGCACCAGUGCAGAAACUCAGAGAGCGGGUCUUAUGUUCCAGGCUAUGACGCGGUUGAACUCGGCAAUGGAUGAGGUAGAGGGGACAGAGAUCAGAGGGAGAUCAUUGUUCUAGUUGGCGUAGCAAAACGAAAAGUGUCUCGGUGAUAAGUCAGGAUCAUAUUGUACAGGUAUUCAAUUAACAAAAACUCUGGGCACGGCAAGUCUACAGCCGUAAAGACAAAUGUAUGUUGUGGUUGAGAC